AUGAAGAAGGUUGAAGAGGGAAUAAGCAGUGCAGAAGUUUCAGUUCCAUUUUCAUGGGAAUCUCGACCUGGAACUCCGACAGUGAAGUUGGGGGAGACACCUCUCCCUCCUCUGACCCCUCCCCCUUCCUACUUUUACAACGUAAACCUGAGUACACCCAUCAAAAAACACUCCAAACCAAAGCUUUUAAGCUCUAUAUUUCGAAGAACUAGUAGCAAUCUCCCAUCAUCACCUGCAUCAUCGUCUUCUUCUUCAUCCUCGUCGUCUCAGUCAUGGACUUCGCGCCCUAAAUCCUACUCGGUGCCAUCAUCUCCAAGACAGUCAUAUAAGGAAGUAGAAGACGAAGAAGAAUGCGAGGAGUCCCCAGUUGCAACUCUCUGCUUUGGAAGCAGAGCAAGUGCUAGGUCCAGAGGAUGCCUUCAGUUCAGGGGGCAUGCAUGUGAUGAACUUGAUUGA